UGUUUACAUUCGUAAACUCUCUGAAAAUAACAAAAAUAUUUAAUAAGUCCUUAAAAAUAACAUUAAAACAUGGCUGCUUCUCGCUCCCGCCGCAAUAAUGCUGGCAAUAAGAUAGCAAAACUACUAGACGAGGAAGAGGAGGAUGAUUUCUACAAAACCUCAUAUGGCGGGUUUCAGGACGAAGAGGAAGACAAGGAAUACGAACAAAAAGACGAAGAGGAGGAUGUGGUGGACUCGGACUUCAGUAUCGAUGAACAGGAUGAGCCCAUUUCCGACCAGGAGGAGGCUCCCGAAAAGAAGAGAAAGCGCGGCGGCGUCAACACAAAGGCCUACAAGGAAACCAAGCCAAUGGCCAAGAAAGAAACAAAGCCUACACCGGCUCUUCACAAAAAACGUGCCGGUGGUGGCGUCGUCAAGCGACGGGUACUUCCUCGUUUCACUGUCCUCGACUCUGGCCGAAAAUCAAUUCGCACAUCGACAGCGAUCAAGACACAGGCUACAAAAAUCCGCCUCAAGGAAAUGGACGAUGCUCGCAAACGUAAAAAGAAGAAGGUGCGGGUCGAGGACUAUAUGCCCACUCAAGAGGAGCUGCUGGAAGAGGCCAAAAUCACAGAGGAAGAGAACAUCAAGUCACUGGAAAAAUUCCAAAAAAUGGAAUUGGAAAAGAAGAAAACCCGUCCCACAAAGCGGACCUUUACUGGGCCAACAAUACGAUACCAUUCACUGACUAUGCCAGUGCUACGAAAACCUACGCGUGGUGGUGUUCCAAACGACACAAAAGAUGUAAAAGAACCCACCGCGAAGUGCGAGAGGACUUUUGUUACUGUCGAUAAUGAUUUUAACGAUAAAGUGUUCCAGAGCAUAUUCCGCCCAAAAAUCUUACCAAAAGCCAGCAAUGGUAUUUGUCCGAUCACUAGACUGCCAGCCCGCUACUUCGAUCCGGUAACGCAACAGCCGUAUUAUAGCAUUCAAGCCUUCAAAAUCCUGCGCGAAGCUUACUACAUGCAGCUGGAGCAACAGGGUAAUGGCAGCGACCAGCCCGAGUUGGCCAAAUGGUUGGAGUGGCGCAAAAUGGUCAAAGAGAAUCGUCUCAAGGCGACAACAGCUACCACCAAAAGCGGAGAUAACUAAUAAAGUAACAAAAUUUAUUAAAAUAAUUCUAUAUAUUUUUAGAAUAAAGAUAUUGGAUUUGGAAAAUUUCAGAAUGAAAUUGGAUUUAGAUAGUUUGUUACGUUUGUACAGAAUGUUUGAAUUUGAGGUAAGAAAUUUUUGAAGUAACCCUCGAGGCAAACAAGAUUCACUCAAGGCAUGCUCCAAAAUAAACCAAUUGUCCCAAAUUGUAUAUAGGGUAUUUCCCAAACGUAAUCACUAAAUUGUUAUUAAUAAUCUAGACACCGUCUGUUUUCAUUAGAGAGUACAUAAAGCUAUGUACGUAUUAUUUAUAUAAGCUGACGUUUUGGGGUACAAGAGCAGC